CCAACUGUGCGAUCAAUAUUUUCAAUGUUUGGAAACAACGAACGAACGCCGGCGAAGAAAGAAUUAGAAUCUUGCUUUCCCCGUGAAAAGAUACCAUAAAUUAUCACACCAUGCUACCUCAGCACUGCGUGCGACUUCUCCGCCCGACCAUAUUGCUCACCAGAACGUCCCGAUGCUUUUCCUCACCUUCGGAAACGAUCCGAACACAGUACAGCAAUGUCGAUCAGCGGGAGGUGGAAAAUUUGUCCAAACAGUCCAGCGAAUGGUGGGAUCCUCAAGGUCCGAUACGUGGGCUGCACGCAAUGAACUCGCUUCGUGUUCCGUUGAUUCGGGAUGGGCUGAUCGCGACCGGGGCCGUGGACAAAAGCCUCAUCCAAAAGCCGAACGUACUUGAAAGCUUAAACAUCCUCGAGGUUGGUUGCGGGGGAGGAAUUCUGACCGAAGCACUUGCCAAACUGCACUCCAACGUGGUUGGUAUCGAUCCAAGCGAAAAGUUGAUCAGCGUUGCGAAGGAGCAUGCGAAGGAAAGCGCAACGCUCCGGCCGGAACAUCUUCAGUACCAUGUAGAAACCAUCGAGCAGCAUGCGGCCAAACAUGCCGAACGGUACGAUGCGGUAGUUGCGUCGGAAGUGCUGGAACAUGUCAAUGAUAAGGUGGCGUUUGUUGAGCAGUGUCUCGCUGCGCUGAAACCGGGCGGAUCUAUGUUUCUGACCACAAUCAACAAAACAACUCCCUCGUGGUUGGGAGCCAUCGUUGCUGCGGAGCAGAUUUUCCAUCUCGUCCCAGAAGGAACGCACGAUUGGGAUAAGUUUAUAUCGCCGCUCGAUUUGCAACGAAUUCUCUCCAGCUACAACUGCACCACGAUUCUGGUGCAUGGAAUGUUUUACCAGUUUUGGUCCAAUCAGUGGUGCUGGACAAAGAACACUGAGAUAAAUUAUGCACUGCAUGCCGUCAAAAUGAAGGAACAGUAAGCGUUGCUUUUAAUAAAUUAACUUAAUGUAGACAUCGUACACCAAA